CGAAUAAAUCAGGGAAGAAAAACUAUAAGUAGUUACCUUAUGUAAACCUAUAGCCAUCCACCCCUCACUAUUCGUGAGUACGAUCGUCGUCGGUCAGUAGAGUCUCCACAUCGUGGUAGACAGCACGCGCCAUUUCCGGAAAAUACGCGGGAAAAUAAUCGGCACGCGUUAUAAUUUUUAUAUUUUUGAAUGAAAAUACGUAUAUUCUUAUGUACUUAUAUAAGUUUUAGUAUGACUUCAUAAAGUAUAUAUUCGAAAUCGAAGUGCUUAGGUAGUUUUUCAUUAUUUGAAACCUCGUAAACUAUUUGAAAAAAAUAAAUAUUUCAAUUAGUUCGGUCAAACCUUUCUUCUCAACCGCAAUGUUUUCUGUAGUCAUGUGAUUUUUUUUAUAGUUGACAGAGCAAAGUUAUUUAAUGAAGUAAGUUAAGCUAUAUUUUCAAUCAUAACCUGAGUGCAAACCUACAACACGAACGUCAUAUAAAAGGUUGACAAAGGAAGACAGGCGAGCAAGAUUAUCUAUUUAUCGAAGACAACAUUUUGUCUAUUUAUCGAAGAGAUUGAUAAGCAACCCAACCUCUUUGGCUAUGAGAUGGCGAACAAAGCUAGUUGUACGUCAAUAUUUGCCGCUUUGGUUUUGAUUGUAGUCAAUAUUCUUGUAGUGCUGGCGAGCCUUGCAUUCCUUACCUUCGGCAUAUGGGCAAUGGCGUCUCCCAGCACUCUAUCUGGUGUAAUUCAAACCAUUCCGUACACUGUUGUAAAGGCUCUGUUACCGCCGCAAGUGGUGACCGCUCGCCUGGGCGCGGGUGUUGCCGCAGUGAGCAGUGUCAUAGGAUGCAUAGCGAUCAUGGGGCUUCGAGGGGCGGUCAGUAGGUCGCCAUUCUUGCUCUUCAUGUACGCCAGCUUGAUAUUUCUACUUUUGCUGCUGGAAUGCGCAUUAUUCUAUUACUUCGCAAGCAGUUUCAUUGAGAAAGGUUUACAAGAUCAAGACGGCCAGUGGACACACGCAAUACGUUUAAUUUUGUUAUGCUGUGAAUAUAAUUCCAGUUCGUCAGCAGAAGUAUCCCGUCCCUGGUCCUGCUGCGGAGUAGAUGCUUAUCCAGAUAAUUGCACUCUUCAGCUAGCAUAUGACAAGGACUGUCGGCAAACGAUAUCUUCGUGGGUUUCCAGCUAUCAAACAACGUUAUAUGCUUCGCUGGCAGGGUUGCACAUCUUAUUGUUCUCCUGCGCACUGUUACGACGACAAAGUGCAUCUCAUUCUUACAGCUAGCGAUCACAGCGACGCGCCGAAGUUACAGGUGCGUCGCCUUCGCCGGGAAUCCGAAAACUGGCAUGGCCGAACCCUCGCGUGGCGCCUGCAGAUGAUGACGUCAUAGUCCUAGUGCUUGGCCGAGGACGGUUGGGUUGGCUUGACAGACUUGAGACUAAGCCGUAAAUAAUAGGACAGAGUUACGACAUAAAGAACAUUAUAGCACCACGCUAUAAUGUUCUUUAUGUCGUAACCUAGUGCACCUCGCGGUCGAUGCAUGAUCAGAAUAUUUCGAUUGCGUGUGAUCGCUGUUCUAACCUCUCGCUGUUUUGUGGUGCACCCGCGUAAAAUACUGCUCAACAGACAUUUGUAUUUAUUAAACUUUAUUAAGCACUUACACCUGCUAAUAUUUUUUUUUGUAAUAAUAUUCUUUUUAAAAUAU